AAUGCCGACCAUCAGCACAUUUCCACCUCCACAUCAUGAUGUUGAUUGGUUUUACCUAGAAGAAGAUGGAAAAUGGAAAAUAUUUGAUUGGAGAAGAUGCAAUCUCCUAGAGAAUAUGCUUCAUUACUGUAAUCAAGGAGAGUUUUAGAUCAUUUUCAAAGACAUGCAGUUUAUAGUGGAUUAUGAUCACAUGGUCAUGCAUCAUUAAAUUAGUUAUUAUAAAAUUAGGAGAGAAUCAUCAAUUGUGUCUAGGCAAAUAAAAAUAUAAUAAGGGAAGUGGUCAUAUUAUAAUGGAUAAACAUGGAUUUAAUAUGAAAAAGUGAUAUAAAAUUAAUUGGAAGAUUUGAUGGUCAAAGGAGAAGUAAAUAAUUUAAAUGAUUAAAGCCUCUCAUUAUAAUGUAUGUAAAUAACAAGCAAUAUGUAUUUGAUUUGGAUUAGAAUGUUUAGGUUGAGCCUAUAGAUGACAAAGGGUUGAAUAAGAGAAAAAUAAUUACAAGACAAUGGAUGAACACACAUUAAUUAUAAGAGUUUUGUAAAAUAAGAAAAUAAUAGGAAUUAACCUAUAUAAGGGAAAGAAAGGCUUUGGAAGAAUAUAUGAAAUUACAUUAACAUCGUAAGAAAAUAAGUGGAUCUAAGAAAGCAAAUAGAUUGGGAGAUUUGGGAAUAUCUCCAGAUCAGGAGAAGUAGGAAAGGAAAUAAUAGAAAUUAUAAUAACAAAAUUAAUAAUAAUAAUAAUAAACAAAGCCAAAAGAUGAAUGCUUUAAAAUGAUAGAGCAUUAGAAAUAGCCAGAUCCAAAGUAAUUAGAGGAAUGGAAUUUACUUAUUGAAAAGAUGAAAGAAGAAAAUGCUGAGAAUAAUGCAUGA